GGCGGUAACGAAAAUGAGGUGACAACCGAAAAAUAACGCUACUAAAUGUCCGCAACAAAAGAAGGUGCAUUGGUGAUACACAAGAUGAUAAAUCAGGAUGAUAAAAUUUGGAGACAUUCACCAAAACUAAUGUUGAAUAGUUGGUGGAAAAACAUAAGCGUUACAAAGCGUUAUUUUAAUCAAAUUUGUCAUAACGGUGGUUUUUCAGUGUGGCUGGCAGCGGCCUAAAGCCACUGCCACACAGACCGAAAUAAACACCAUAACGAAAAAUUUGGACAAUCGACAAAUAACGCUUGUCAUUGUUAAAAGCAACAAAAAUUAGUAUAUUUUUUAUACUCUAAUAUUAAUUAUAUUAGAGAAUAAUUAGAAAUCUUAAAACUAAUGUGUGUGAAAUUGUUGGUUUGCACUUCAAAAAACAGACUAGCAGCAAUUUCGUUAGGAUAUCGCUGCGCUUUCGGGUGGACCGAAAUCGGUAUAGCAAAAAAGGAGCGUUUCAAUGCGUUAUAUUGCAUUAAUAUUUUCGUUACAGGGGUUUUUCGGUGUGUCUAGCAAUGGCCUCAAUGUAUCCAAAAAGAGUUGUUACUUUACAGUGUAUUAUUCACCUGCCUUACUUUCCAGUGUACGGGCAAGAAAAUUUUUGCGCACCAUAAACCGUGUGACAGCUCCGACGUACCAUAAAGGUGUGAUGUGAGAAAAUAGAAGAAGAAAAAAAGGAAGAAAGAAGGAAAUACCUUCGCACAACCGCACAUUCGAAGAUUGCCAAGAUAAUCGAAGUAUCAUAGGGUCGCCAUAUUGACACUUCGUCAAUGUGGGUAUUUGUCGCUUAAGUUUUCGCUGGAAGUGUGCAUCGCAUCGCGGUCGGACCGAAGACACCAUUCUUGCUCCGUUUUGUGGUGCUCGCAAAACCCGUACACCGUCGAAGAAUGAGUCAUUACAGUAUCCGCUAAUGUCCUACAGAGUGUCUCUAGGAACCCGUGCUACUGUGUCGCGCUGAACGAGGAGGGUGGGAGAGACAUCGAAUGUAAGAAGAUUCGCUUAUAUACAUUUAGAGAAAUCCCUUUUCGUUUAAUGUUAAAUCGCAUCGUGAAAAGUGAUACAAUUACACACACACAUACGCACAUCGUGAGUAGGAAGACAAUACGGUACUUGUAAAAGUAGUUAGUAGUAGUGAAGAAAAAAAAACAAUACGGGCUACCAUCAAGGUUUUCGGUGGCCUUUUGCAUCGAAUGUAGAAGAAAAAAAACACCUUUGAGCCGUUUGUUUGGACGACAUAACAGUGCUUCAAGCCACACGCGGAACAACACCACCACCAAUCAACCGCAAGUGUCGACGGCUGCGAACAAAAAAAAAAACACCGUUCGGCGCACACCAAGGGCAACAACUGCUGCGUGCACUACUACACCUUUCGACCGUUCCGAAACCGAAAACAGCAAUCAAUCCCGCAACACCACCCCAUUUGCCAUCAAUCCAACACAUUAGACGGGACGGGACACGGGCGGUGGGCGACGUAACUGCAGGGCGGCUUGGUGUGAACACGGAGCGAACAGCGACAGCGACGAGCAAGAUGAACGAUUUCAUCGUGGCCGGCAAGUACCGCAUCAUCCGCAAGAUCGGAUCGGGCUCGUUCGGCGACAUCUACCUCGGCAUCAACAUCACCAAUGGCGAGGAGGUGGCGCUGAAGGUGGAGAGCAUACUGGCCCGCCACCCGCAGCUGACGUACGAGUACAAGCUGUACAAGGUGCUGACCGGGGGCGUCGGCAUCCCGCACAUCCGCUACUUCGGGCAGGAGCGCAGCUACCACGUGCUGGUGAUGGAUCUGCUCGGCCCCUCGCUCGAGGAUCUGUUCAACUUCUGCAGCCGGCACUUCACAAUCAAGACCGUGCUGAUGCUGGUCGACCAGAUGAUCGGCCGGCUGGAGUAUCUGCACAUGAAGAACUUCAUCCACCGGGACAUCAAGCCGGACAACUUCCUGAUGGGGAUCGGGCGGCACUGCAACAAGCUGUUCCUGAUCGACUUCGGCCUGGCGAAGAAGUACCGCGACUUCCGCUCCCGCAUCCACAUCUCGUACCGGGAGGACAAGAACCUGACCGGCACGGCGCGCUACGCCUCGAUCAAUGCGCACCUCGGCAUCGAGCAGAGCCGCCGCGACGACAUGGAGUCGCUCGGGUACGUGAUGAUGUACUUCAACCGCGGCUCGCUGCCGUGGCAGGGGCUGAAGGCGACCAACAAGAAGCAGAAGUAUGAGAAGAUCUCGGAGAAAAAGAUGUCCACCCCGAUCGAGGUGCUGUGCAAAGGCUUCCCGGCCGAGUUUGCGAUGUACUUGAACUACUGUCGCAGUUUGCGCUUCGAGGAGGGCCCGGACUACAUGUAUCUGCGACAGCUCUUCCGGAUCCUUUUCCGCACCCUCAACCAUCAGUACGACUACACGUUCGAUUGGACAAUAAUGAAGCAGCGAGCGAUGCAGCAAGGCAGCAACAACCCGCCAGCGGUCACAUCCGGCGAAAACAAACGGGAAGAGCGGCGCGACAAAGAUAAGCUGUCCAGCGACACGGAUGAGUAGGAAUUUUGAAUGUUAAGCAGCAAAGCAGGGGGUAAGCAGCACAGCACCCACGGAGCGGCGCCACAUGUACAGGGUGUGUGAUUGCAGCGUGUUUUCUCAAACACACAAAAAAGGACGUGCGCGCAUGAGAAUAAGCGCGCGCGUGCGGUGCGGUGCGGGGGAAGGGGUUCAAUCGUGGUCGGGACAGAAUUGGGUGAAAACGGAAGAAAGAGAUAGAAAGAGCGAGAUGGAGAGGGAGAGAAUGAGAGAGAGAGAGGCAAAAAGAGAGAAAGAUCGCGACAGAGAGAAAAGAGAAUAACGAAAAAGUGGUAAAAGGGGAGCAGUAGACAAGAGAUGAUGACGCGAUAAAUGUAACAGAAGAAGAAAAAAAAGUUUAGGUUAUAUAUGGAGCAGACUCGUUAGGUAAGGUGUCGCAUACUACAACUAGAAUUAGCAAGUUAAAUUACUUCCCGAUUAGGUACGUAACAACCCUUUGAGGAUAUGUGGGGGUGAUAUGAACUGAAAAAAGGGAAAACAACAAUAAGAAUAAAGUACACAUCCAUACACACAUAAAUACAUACACGCGACACACAUACAAACAACACACACACACACAACACACACACACAUAAACACACACACAUAAACACACACACACACAACACACACACACACACACAACACACACACACACACACAGCUGUAGGAUCACAGUGGCGAAAGAGGGGUUUAGCGGAGGCAUUCAAAGGGCAUCAUGGAGAAAGAGCCGGGGCCGAGGGUCGUGCAUGCUCUGCAUAUCUUGUUUUGCCGUCUGUUAGAUGCGCAGAGUAGUUAUAUCCAAAUCCUCAAAGAUUGUUUGAACGGAAUCCUUUUCUUAACACCAUUCGGGCCCCAUUCUUAAACCGAUCGGUGCAGAGAUAGCUGAAGCACACAGAGAAGAUGGGCGUAAAACUUCUCAACACACGGCAACGAUAUAUUUAUUUGUUUACACUCCCCUUCCCCCAUAAAUGAGCUGACAAUGUUUUGAUAAGUUUAAACAAAAAGAAAAAAUUGCAAAUGUUUCUGCAGCAGCUAGAAUUUCAAAUGCUUUUGUUUUGUUUUUUUUACCUUCAAGAAAAUGAUGAAUUCAGUGCUGGAUCAUGUAAGGCAGCCAAAUAUUUUUCUUCUUUCCUUUUCUCCCCUCCUUCUCCUCCUUCUCCGUACUACGCGGAGUGUAAGCUAAGGGCAACACAGAUUGUUACGAUGUAAAACGAAAGAAACAGGAGGAAUCGUUUGAAGAAACACCAAACACGCGUAACCGAGCGUUGCAAAUUGAUUUUCAGCAACUUCAAGCUGGUGCGCACCUCUUGUAAAAAAAACAAAAAAAAAAACAAAAGCAAAGAUAAACCGUGUGUGUUUGUGUAUGUGAACCAAGAGCACUAUCAAGGCUAGUUUCCGUCACUUCAUUUCUCUAUUUCAUUUCCACGAAAAUAUUGCACGGUUCGAGCCUCCGAGCCUUAAACUAUCAUGAUGCCGUUCUUAGGAGGGGAUGGGGGGGGGGGGGGAGGAGCGAGGAAAACAUGUGUUCUGUAUUAUUACGUUUUUGCCAACUGCACGCUAAAUGGCGGACGUUUUGGGGUGUUUUUUCCGUAUCUUGUAUGGGAAGAAAAGCCAACCCCCCCCUCCCCCUCCACUACAUCAAUGCGGGGGGGUAGCCGAUGCAUCUUAAUUGGGAGGAGUUAGUAGACAGUUUCCUUUUCUUUAUUUUUUUUUCUCAUCGCCUUAUUUGUGACAUAAUGUUGACGCGGAAAAGGGCUGUUAAUAAAAUUUUGCUACAUCAGCAUUUAGUAAAAUGUGCAAACAGUUCAACAGCAAAAAAAAACACAA